AUGUCCAUCGCAUCGUGCUGUCUAAAAGGAUUUGAGUGGAACGGCACACCGACCGGGAAGACAGGGCGCGUCGCAGGUGUUGAUAACGACACAUACAUCGCGGGCGAUGAAACUACUGACGCUGCUGUCCUGCUUAUUGCCGAUCUCUUCGGCUGGACGUUCAAUAACAUCCGGCUCCUUGCAGACCACUACGCCCGUGAAGCCGGCGUGACCGUCUACGCACCGGACUUCUUUGGCGGCGAAGUCAUUCCUGCCGAUCUGCUCGUGAACGAGGAGUUCGACAAGUGCGAUCUCCCCGGCUUUCUGCAAAGAAACGGUCGCGAGGCUCGGGAGAAUGAGAUCUUUGCAUUCGCAAAGGCCCUGAGAGCCAAGUACAAGAAGGUCGGCGCCAUAGGGUUCUGCUAUGGUGGAUGGGCCGUCUAUCGGUUGGGCGCAAAGGAGCAUCAGCCUCCGCUAGUUGACUGCAUCUCUGCGGGUCAUCCUUCCCUGUUGAUCAAGAAGGAUAUUGACGAGGUCGCCGUGCCGGUGCAAAUGCUCGCUCCAGAGAUCGACUUCAUGUACACCGCCGAGCUAAAGAGCCACACCUUCGAGACGCUCUUGAAAUCAAAUUUGACUUUCGACUACCAGCACUACCCAGGCGUGGAGCAUGCUUGCUUCGUUCGCGGUAACGACAAGAAGCCGGGAGAGCUUGAGGCCAUGGUGAAAGGCAAGGAGGCCGCGGUGUAUUGGAUGAAGCGGUUCUUGCAGGUAGACUGA